AUGGCCGCCUUCGUCAAAGCGAUCAACGCCAAGAUUCGGUCGAAUCCGACCGUGAGCUACUUCUGCUCGACGCACUUCUGGGGCCCGGCUUCGAACUUUGGCAUUCCAGUUGCGGCCGUCAUGGAUGCGCAAAAGUCUCCCGAAUUGAUUUCGGGACAGAUGACUCUCGCCCUUUGCAUAUACUCUGCGACGUUCAUGCGAUACUCCAUGGCCGUGACGCCGGCAAACUACCUUCUCUUCGCGUGCCACUUCAUCAACGAGGGUUCCCAGUUGACACAAGGAUACCGGUAUCUGCAAUGGCACAAGUGGGGCGGUAAGGAGAAGGCUGCUGGUGUUCAAGGAACUCUCGAGACCGCCAAGGAGAAGGCCGUCGCGGCAGGUGACAAAGUGAAGGAGGCAGUCACGAAAUAA